UGCAUACUCUCUAAAUCGGUACCACACACAAAGAAAUGUGUAGUAAUCAUCGAGCUAAGAGGAAAGGGAAGAAGAAGCAGAAGUUGUGAAAUAAUCAUCAUUCCGGGAGGAAGGGGAAGAAGCACCUUGAUCAAAAGAAGAAAGCAACGAUUAACCGGCAGAUGUGGUCGUCUCCGGUGGCGCCGCCGGCUGGUGUGUCAUCAUCGCCGGAGGAAAGGCGGCAAGAAGAGCCGAGACUUAUGCACAAAGUCAAAGUAAUUGAUUUCUUGGGACGGCCUACUCCUAUCAUUCUUCAAAAGGACAACGGACCUUGCCCUCUCCUCGCCAUCUGUAAUGUUCUUCUGUUGCAGAAUAAGUUGAGCCUGAGACCAGACAUUUCUGAGGUUUCGCAGCAACAUUUACUUUCUCUUGUGGCCGAUCGAAUUUUCAUAUCCAAUCUCAACGAAGAAGAACAAGAAGAUGAUGAUGGAUGUUCUGAAAAUCUUGAACAGAACAUCGCUGAUGCCAUCGACUUGCUUCCAAGACUAGCAACUGGGAUCGAUGUGAAUACCAAAUUUAGAAGGAUUGAUGACUUCGAGUUUACUCGGGAGUGCGCAAUAUUUGAUCUGUUGAACAUUCCACUUUACCAUGGUUGGAUAGUUGAUCCCCUGGAUUAUGAAACUGCAAAUGCCAUUGGGUCCAAGUCGUAUAAUUCUCUAAUGGUGGAUCUUGUUGCCCUUGAGACUCAAGAUUUGGAGGCUGCUGGAGAAGAGGACAUUGAAGAAGCGAUUGAGCUACUUAGGGUUAUGAAGUUUUCUGAGUCAAUAACGCAUAGUUUUCCGUCAGAUGAGUCAUAUGGUGAUUCUGAUUCUGAUUCUGAGUUGCAUUCAACGAAUCCCGAAUCUGCGACGGAUUUGAAGAGCCAAGCUUACCAUGGAAGAAGUCAAGUUCCUUGUCUGGACACAGUGGCAAAACCCGAUGGUACUGGGAACUUCAUUAAAGAUUCUGAAGCAGAAGCUGUUUGUUUGAAUACAGAACUUGGGGAUCCUUGUGGACAGUCAAUUGCAGAAGAAUCUGAAAGUAAAGCCCCUUUCCAGAUUGAUGAGUUCACAUCAUUGGAAGUUGUAUCUUUGCCUUCAGAUACCGCGGGGUUCUCUGAAAUUCACGCUGAUGAUCAGAAAGUAGGAAAUAAGCAAAAUGGUCAUGAUACCUUUGAUGCCAUCGGUUCAACUAAUGCUCAAGAUACUCAUGUUGAUCAACCUGAAGGUUUCUUGUCUGCUGUGGAUGACUCUGAACGAAUUCGUGAAGCAGAGGAGAGCAUCUUGCUUGCAGAACAAGGGGUAAAAAAUCUGGAAAUAUCUGAUACAAAGGAACAUGAGAUCUGUCCAAUGCAAGGUCAACUUAUCCGGGAUUUCCUAAAUUCUAAUGCCAGUCAAUUGACAAUUUAUGGCAUGUUCUGCUUACAGGAGGGAUUGAAAGAGCGUGAGGUGUGUGUAUUUUUCAGGAAUAAUCAUUUCAACACCAUGUUCAAGUUUGAAGGUGAACUAUAUAUUCUGGUUACUGAUCUGGGUUAUCUGAAUCAGCCCCAAUUGGUUUGGGAAAAGUUGAAUGAUACGAAAGGAAAUACCGAGUUCAUGACUGGUAACAUGGAGAAGUUCAACGUGGACGAUCAUGGCGACAGGUCAUUGGAUGUGCAAAAUACUGUGGCUUCCUCUGCAGAUUUGCUUUCAGGCAUUGACUAUUCGAUCCAAGAAGAUUUAGACUUGCAAUAUGCAAUGGCUCUCCAACAACAGGAAUAUGAAGGAUGGUAGAUCUCGUCAUCACGGCAUCCUUCUCUAGUUUUGCGCCUUUUAUGCCGUAAGCUAGAUCUUUGUGUAGCAUAAACCUAUAUAACAGACAGAAUGGGUUACUUGUAUUUGACUACAUGGUUAUCAUAUUGUUCUUUUCUGGUUUUUUAUAGUUUUGAUUCAAAAUAGU